AUGCUUCUCGAGCAUCUGAACCCCUGGUACCGCCCACCCUCUGAAUUCGACCCAGCAUCCUUAGCCGCCCUCUCGUUCCAAGCGCCUGUCAAGCUCCUGCUCCACCACACCUACCAGUUCCUCAGCUACCUGCACUCAACGCCCAAGCCUCUCCAGGAACUACCCAUACGCGUUGUUUGCAUAUCGGAUACGCACAGUCAAAUCCCAGACAAUGUCCCCGAUGGCGACGUGCUCAUCCACGCUGGCGACAUGACCAACGACGGGAGCGUGGCCGAGAUACAAAAGCAGAUUGAUUGGUUGAGUGCGCUGCCGCACAAGGAAAUCGUAGUGAUAAGCGGGAACCACGACACGUUUCUCGAUCCGAGGGUGCGGGCUUCGCUGCCGGAAGAGCAGCGACGAGACGCGUUGGACUGGAAGAGAGUGCACUACUUGCAGCACCGACGCGUUAGUCUCACAAUCAGGGCCCAGCCUGUGCAUGGUGACGAUGCUGCCAUGAGUGUCAACACGCCGUUGCUGGCUGCGGAUCGAUGCCAGAGACGCAUACGUAUAUAUGGCGCGCCGCAAAUACCCGCCUGUGGCCCUAUGAAUAUUCACGCGUUCCAGUACGAGCGGGGUCAAGAUGCUUGGUCGGAGACUGUGCCUGAGGACAUAGAUAUUCUGGUUACGCAUACACCACCGAAAUUCUACCGCGACCUUUCGUUGCCAGUAGGCCUGGGCUGCGAGCACCUGCUGGCCGAGGUUCAACGUGUGAAGCCUGCUCUACACGUCUUUGGUCACGUACACUGGGGAGCUGGACAGACAGUCGUCUGGUGGGACAAAGCACAUGACGCCUACGUGCAAGGGCUAUCGAUCCAGUCCAAAUGGACUCGUGGGCUGCUGAACCCAACACUGUGGUGGAAUGUCGUAAGGGUUAUUUACCGCGGCAUAAGGGAACUACUAUGGGAUCGGGUAUGGGGAGGCCAAAGCCCCAAUACUAUCAUGGUCAACGCAGCCCAGAUGCAUGGAAACACAGGGCGUCUGGCCAACUCCAUCCAAGUCGUCGACAUCUAA